AUGACUGACAGCCCUAUCUAUUCGACCUUAGAGCUCCCUGGCCCACCUCAAGUCCAAGAUGACUCCAGAUGGAAGCUCAAAGCUGUCUUACACCGGCCCUGUUUUUCCUACUUUGUGAUGGUGGCUUUGGGACUUUUGACUGUGAUUCUCAUGAGUCUACUGAUGUACCAACGGAUCCUGUGCUGUGGCUCCAAGGACUCUACGUUUGCCCACUGCCCCAGCUGCCCCAACCUCUGGAUGAGGAAUGGUAGCCACUGUUACUAUUUCUCAAUAGAGAAAAAGGACUGGAACUCUAGUCUGAAAUUCUGUGCAGACAAAGGCUCAAAUCUCCUUACGUUUCCGGACAACCAGGGAAUGAACCCCUUGCAAGAGUACCUGGGCCAGGACUUUUACUGGAUUGGCUUGAGGAACAUUGAUGGCUGGAGGUGGGAAGGUGGCCCAGCUCUCAGCUUAAGGAUUCUUACCAACAGCUUGAUACAGAAGUGCGGUGCCAUCCACAGAGCUGGCCUCCAAGCCUCCAGUUGUGAAGUUGCUUUGCAGUGGAUCUGUAAGAAGGUCUUACCCUAA